AUGAAGUGUGCCAUCUUUGUCGGCGCGUUGGCUACGUCAGUCAUAGCCGUUUUACUCAAGGUCCGUCAGAACGGAGAGAUGAAGAUGGGGACUGGCAGGUUCCCAGCGGACUACACGACCGAGGAAUCCCUACCCAAGCACACAAUCUACAUGCCCGUCAACCCGACCCCAAACGAAAAGCUCCCCGUCUUCGUCUGGGGCAACGGCGGCUGCGUAGCCAACGGCCUCGCAUACCGGACCUUCCUGACCGAGAUCGCAUCGCACGGCUACGUGGCCAUUUCCCCCGGCGCGCCCUACCGGAUCGGGCUCUCCAGCCCGGAGAUGAUGACGGCGAGCAUCGACUGGGCCACGGCGACGGCCGGAAAGGGUAGAUACGCCACCAUGGACGCCGCCAAGAUCAUCGCGGCAGGGCAGAGCUGCGGUGGGCUCGAGGCGUACGCCAUGAAGAACGAUUCGCGCGUCGCGGCUAUAGGUAUCUUCAACUCGGGUUAUCUGAAUGAUAUUGAUCGUGCCAAGACCAUUACGAAACCCGUGUUUUAUUUUUUGGGCGGUUCGUCCGACAUGGCGUAUAGGAAUGGUGAACGUGACUACAAAAACUUGCCGCAAAGUACUCCAGCUUGGAAGGGAAACCAGCCAGUUGGGCAUCUGGGCACCUUUUUCCAGUCCAACGGGGGAUUCUUUGCCAUCGCGACUGUGAGGUGGUUGGACUGGAUGCUGAAGGAUAACAAAACUGCGGCCGAGUUUUUCAAGGGACAAGGUGCGGCGACUGCUGGGUGGAGCGUCGAGUCUAGAAACUUGGACAAAAUUGUUGUUAGUGCCUCGCUGUGA